AUGUUCCUUAUUUUUGUGCUUUAUUUUACAUCAUAUGCUUAUGCUAUGCCAAAUCUGGAGAACUCUGAUACAGUGGCUUCCGGUCAAAUUUUGAAAAAGGACUGCAGUAAAGGGAUUUUUAGUCCAACGUGCCUCAAAAUUGGUGCUCUAGCAUUGUUAGAAAAAUUAAAUAAUAAAGAUGAAGUGCCUUUGCUUCCCGGCAUCAGUCUUGUGAAAGAAGGAAGUGAGAGUCAAAAAGCAGUUGAACUCGUAAGGAAUCUGUCUUCUGAUCCCGAGGAGCGGUUGAACAAGUUCUUACUGUACAGAGUCGGAACAUUUCUAGAUACACAUGCGGUGAAACUUAGAUUGUUGGAUGACGCUGCAAUAGAAGAAGCGAGAAGUAUGGUUGGCGAAGGUAGAGCGAAGAAUCCGUUAUCAAUGGGAGGGAAGAAAGGCGGAAUGGGUGGAUUUUUGGCCAUGGCGAUGAUGAUGAAAGUAACAAAUAUAAUAUCAUAA